GGGGGCCUCGACCUCCGCGCCAAACCCGGGAGGCGGGGCUGGCGUGCGGGCUAGGGGCUGCUCCUCUAGGAUUGGCCUGUGCCCGGGAGGCGGGGCCUGUGCGCGCUGCAGCUGCGGGCUGCUAUUGGCCUCAACUCAGGGCCCGCUGCCGGCGUGCGGGCGAGGCUCGGGGCGCGAGGACCGAGCCGGGCAGCUGGUUCGCGAGCCGAGGGAGGGGCCGGGGCGGUGGUGGAGGUGGCGGCGGCCGGUACUGGACCCGGCGGAAUGAGCGAGGCGGAGGUGGCAGCGGUGGUCACAGCGGCCCCCGCGGCGACGGUGCCCGCUACAGCGACUGGGGUGGUAGCGGUGGUGGUACCGGUGCCCGCGGGAGAGCCACAGAAAGCAGGCGGCGGGGCGGGUGGCAGCGGGGUCGGAGCCGCCCCCGGCACCGCUGCUGGGACCCCGUCGGCACCGGGCCCCCGUAACCCUGGCAAUCCGGCGACAGCAUCCUCGGGGACCUCCGCGCCUCCAGCCCGGAGUCAGGCGGACAAGCCGGUGCUGGCAAUCCAAGUCCUGGGCACUGUCAAAUGGUUCAACGUCCGGAAUGGUUAUGGAUUCAUCAACAGGAAUGACACCAAGGAGGAUGUCUUUGUUCACCAGACAGCUAUCAAAAGAAACAACCCCAGGAAGUUUCUGCGCAGUGUUGGAGACGGGGAGACUGUGGAGUUUGAUGUCGUGGAAGGAGAGAAGGGUGCAGAAGCUGCUAAUGUAACUGGGCCUGGGGGUGUGCCAGUGAAGGGCAGCCGCUAUGCCCCCAAUCGACGUAGGUUCCGCCGAUUCAUCCCCCGGCCUCGCGCAGCUGCCCCACCACCCAUGGUGGCAGAGGUUCCAUCAGGUGGGACAGAACCAGGCAGUGAGGGGGAGCAAGCUGAAGACUCUGGGCAGAGGCCCAGAAGACGGCGCCCACCACCCUUCUUUUACCGACGGCGUUUUGUGCGAGGCCCUCGGUCCCCCAACCAGCAGCAGCCUAUAGAGGGCACUGAUGGGCUAGAACCCAAAGAGACAGCCCCAUUGGAGGGGGACCAACAUCAGGGAGAUGAGCGGGUCCCCCCACCCAGAUUCCGGCCCAGAUACCGAAGGCCUUUCCGCCCCAGGCCACCCCAGCAGCCCACCACAGAAGGUGGGGAUGGUGAGACCAAGCCCAGCCAAGGCUCCACUGAUGGGUCCCGGCCUGAACCUCAGCGCCCACGAAACCGCCCCUACUUCCAGCGGCGACAGCAGCAGCCGCCUGGACCCAGGCAGCCCACAGCCCCGGAAACCUCAGCCCCCAUCGACAGCGGGGACCCCACCACCACCAUACUGGAGUGACUCCAAUUUAGAGGACACCCAGAGCUACCAUCCGGUAUCUGCCAGUUUUUCCAACUGACCUGUACCCUACCCAGCACCUCCUCCCCGCUUACCCAUAAUUCAUGACAUCAAAACACCGGCUUUUCCCCCUUUUCCUUGAGACUCAGGAGGGCCAAAGCAACAGCCUUUUGUUUGUUUGUUUUUUUCUUUUCUCUCCUUUACCAAGGGUUGAAGGAAUCCAUCCUUACUGUUCAGAGGCACCAACUUCCUCCCCUAAAUUCAGGCUGAGAAGAAACCAGCCAGCUCUUACCUCCUCCUGGUUGUUUUUCUUUCCCACCCCAGUUUAUUUUUGUUUCUCUUCUACUCCCAUCUCUGAAGCCAUUUUAUGAACUGUCAUGUGCCACCUGAGCGUCCAGUAAAAACAAAAACAGGCUUUCCUGUUG